AUGGAUAAGACUGCCAAGGAGGCAGAGAAGAACAUGAAGGAAUUCCAGAAGCACCUCAGCCAAAUUCCUAGGGCACCUCCGGUCGUGGAGGGGACAGAUUCAAAGAAGUCACUUGAUAAGCCCGGAGGAAGUAAAACAGAUAACUUCGGGAAGAACGGACGGGGUUUGCUGCCCAAGAAUAAUCAGUCCAAUUCUCUAUCGAAUGGAUUAGAACAUCCCAAGCUUUUGGAUUACAGUUUCACCAUUAGAAAAUCUCAUAUGGUGGAUGUAAUGAAGACUCAUCCGUCAUCUCGUCCUCCGAGGCUGAUGCGAUCCGACCCAAAUUUGAGGGAUCAGACGGUCUGGUACGAAUUCCACGGGACUCACAGGCAAAAGACCACCAAUUAUAGACAUCUCUGGGAGGAGGUAGAAAACAUGAUUGCUGGAGGACAUCUCCAGGAAUACUUGAGAGAUAAUGGAAGAAAUAAUUACGGCAAAGACAACCCUGCCGUGGAGAAGGAUGCUCAAACUGCUUCCUCGCAUGUAAUCAACAUAAUUUUCGGACGAGCUACGAUAGUAGGGACUAGCUUCAUCGUAUCGUGGAAGAUGAAGAUCUCUGUGACACGAGAAAAGAGAACUCGAGAGUUUCUGGAGAAUGAGGCUAUUACCUUCUCCGAUGAAGAUGCAGCGGGCGUCACUUUGCCUCAUAAUGAUACCCUCGUCAUCACCAUACUUACUGAAAAUUUCCAGGUCAAUCGAGUCAUGGUAGAUCUAGGAAGUUUAGCAAAUAUCCUCCACUUGAAGGUAGUGGAAGAAAUGGGAAUGUUAGAGAAAAUGAUACCGACGGCGCAGAUAUUGUUUGGCUUCAACAUGGCUAGCGACAUUGAAUUUGCCAUAGAAGCAGGGGAGUCACGAAGUUAG